AGUAGAGCAGGCUUUCGCUCAGGAUGUUUGGAGAGGUGCGCAAGCGCUUUGCAACGUCGAAGCACUUAGCGCAUGCGCCAGGUUUGCAAAGUCGCUUUCCGGCCGGUGAAUGGCGGCUGUUGGUAGUUCGGGGUGUCGCUUCUUGGAGGCACGAUGGACGAGGACUUUCUGCUGGCCCUGCAGUUGCAGGAGGAAUGGGAAGCGGAGGACGGGGAGGUGCGGGUUGAAACGAUCCCCUCGGAUCCUCCGCGGCCACUCUCGCUGAUGGACGAUGCCUGGGAGUUGCUGGACCCCAAUCCCGACGUGCGAGGCCUCUUUCUGCAGUUCAACGAGACCCUCUUCUGGGGGCGCCUGGCGGCGGUGGAAGUAAAGUGGAGUCCGCGCAUGACCCUGUGUGCUGGCGUUUGCUGCUAUGAAGGUCAUGGUGGAAUGUGCUCCAUCCGACUAAGUGAACCACUUUUAAAAUUACGGCCAAGGAAGGAUCUCGUGGAGACUCUCCUGCAUGAAAUGAUUCAUGCUCUGUUGUUUGUUACUAAUAAUGAUAAGGAUCGUGAGUCCCAUGGCCCAGAGUUCUGCAAACAUAUGCACCGGAUAAAUCGCUUAACAGGAGCUAAUAUUACGAUCUAUCAUGAAUUUCAUGAUGAGGUGGAUUUCUAUCGUCAGCACUGGUGGCGUUGUAAUGGGCCAUGUCGAAAUAGGAAGCCUUAUUAUGGCUAUGUAAAACGUGUAAUGAAUAGGGCACCAUCUGCCAAUGACUAUUGGUGGGCAGAGCACCAAAAGAGCUGUGGGGGAACAUAUACCAAGGUCAGAGAGCCCGACAACAGCUCCAAGAAAUGCAAGAAGAAAGAUGAUCAAGCAAAAAUCCUAGAUGAUGGUUCACGAAAAGCUCAUGGAAGCAGCAUACAGAGCAUAAUACCUUUUAGUGGGAAAGGAUAUAUCCUUGGAGGAAAAAGAAGUGAAUCAUCAUUAGAGGGAGCUGUAAGUCCAAGCAUUAAGGGCAGAGAACUGCUCCAGUCACAAUAUCAUUCAACUACUGGUUCAUCUAGGUCAAAUCCUAAAAAUGAAAUCAAAUUUGAGCAAAAUGUUUCCUCUCCGUUUUCUCCAAGUGGUCCUGAAAAUAGUUCUGCUUCUAGUAUCACAUUUCCUAGAUUUUCAGUUGCUAACCGUAAGGUUUAUACUAAUGUUAACGGCUCACCGGUUAAAAAUACUUCUUUGGGUGGAAAAAGGUCAGAAUCAAGUUCUACAAAGGCUCUAAGAGAUAUACCUCACAAAGGGACUCCAGAAAACACAGUUUCUAUAUCAGCUGCAAUGACUCCAAGAUCCCAGUCACCAUCUCAGAGAAACAGCAAAAGCCAGAAUGGUGGCCCAAUGAAACGAGCCAGAAUGGAAGAUUCAGUUAUGUUUGUCAACUAUUUUUUAAAGAAAGGAGAACUCAAGGAGACUAGUUCUUCUGUGAAUACUACAGCUAAACCAGCAAUCUCAGAAACAGCCACUAGUGACCAAAAUAGAAAUGUAUGUUGCCCUGUCUGUCAAUCUGAAGUUUUGGAAACCAAAAUCAACGAACACUUAGACCUCUGCCUCUGAAAUCUUUUAAUGUGAGUUUAAUAUAAAGCUGCUUUGCUCAAGAUUUCGUGUUUGUAUGUAUUGAUGCACUUUCUGUGUUUUAUGCAGAAAAAUGUAUAUUUGAUUGUGUAUGAAACUUUCCUGAGAUUGAAAGUUUUUUCUCAGUACCUAUAUGCUAAGAACAGUUAAUACUGAAUGCAACACAGUCUUGAGAAAAGUGUGUUUCUAAGAGACUCAUCAGUUCUAUAAUGAUUUGAUCUGAUAUUUAACGAAAGCAUAUGUGUAAGGUAAGAAACUGGAAGAGUUAUAGUACAUGCAUUAUUUUAGAAAAAUAAUUGGCUAUCAUUACAUUUUUGGUUAGUUUUGUUACAAAUUUAAAUGCUAAAUGGAAGAAUAUAGUUUGAAUAUGUGCAUUUAUUGUGUAAAACGGGUACCCAACCUGUGGUCCAUGGCCCACUACCAGGCUGCAGGCUAAUUGCCACUGGGCCCUGUGAGGGGCUAGCUGGCGCACCUGCACGACCUCAUUCAUGAGCCAAGUGUCGAUGUGGGUUGCUCUUGGCCCCACUUGCCAAGUGUUGUCAUGGGCAUGUGUUUGAUUUAGAAAAACAUCUACCUGAUCAAAAAAGAUAUAAUCCAUCUUAACCAUUCGCAUGAGCGUUGCCACAAACAUCAUGGGCACUAUGCAUACACGUGUACAUGUGCUUGCCCCUCUCACAAAAUUAUCCCCUUUCCCCCCUCCCCUCACUCAGCCAUCAACCUGGAAAGGUUGAGGAACUCUGGUGUAAGACAUAGACGUGGGAUUGUUUUCCCCUGAACUUGAAAACUGAUGUCAUAUAGUAAAGAGUACUGGCUACUUUUCUGUUUGCACCUGAAGAAAUGGCUGACCAAGUAUUUGCUUCAAAAUUAUGAUGUCCGCUUUUUGUCACCCAAUUUAUAGAUUUUGGCUGGAGUUCCAAAGCUUUUUUCUGUUGAAUUCAGAAGGGUUAGACUGAUUUUUGAUCAGGUAGAUGUUUUUCUAAAUCAUAAAACACAUAGGAAAGGCUAUAUUAUACUACCAUUUCAUUUAUAAAGUGCCUAUUAGAGUGAUGUAUGCCUAUUUAUUAAUAGCUUUUGAAACCUAUUUCCUCUGAGAUGGAAAUAUAUUCUUGCACACAACACUGUUAGCCAUUUGUACAAUUAAAAAUAAAUAGCUUUUCUGAAAUUGUAUCUGAACAGAACUCUUUUCCAAAAAUAAAUCAUGAAUUUUAUAAUCUGCUUUUAAAAUAAAAUUUAACAUGUAACUUGUGUCUUUAAUAGGUCAGUUGGGUUUUGGCAAUCUUUGUCAACAACCUGGAAUGAUAGAUAAGUGAUCGAUAAGCAAUUGUUGCUUCGCUUAUGUGUAUACCUUUCUCUAUAAUGACACAACCAGUCUCAAAACAAUGAUUCAAAAUGCACAAAGCAAUCUUGAGAUGGAAAAAUAAAAAAUAAAGGCACCCAGAGAAUGCAUUGAAAUAAUAAGAGUAAUAAUAAUAUGCAAUAUAAUAAUAUGCAAUAUAAAAUACUUCUAAUGUGGUUAUGCUACGGCCCAUAUUUAUACAUGAUGUUGGCAGAUUUUUGUUUGGGAAAUGUGACCUUGAUGCCAUCAAUAUCAACUUUAGAUGUAAGAUGCAAGAAACUUCAGCACAAUCAUAUUCAUCUUGAGAAUCAGAUGAUAGAAUGAGAGGAAGGAACUAGAUAACAGGAAAUUUUAAAUUUAAGGGGCGUGCAUAAGAGCACAAAAGUGCCUACCGUUCCUGUCCUAUUGUUCCCUUCAUCAUAUCAAAUUGAUAUAGUUGAUGCAUAUUUUUUAUACAUAUAUGUAUAUAUUUUGUUCAAAAUAUGUUGUUUUAUCUAUGACAAUUGUUUGUGUAUACUGUUGUGACAAAAAGAAAUUAAAAAAAAAAUUGGAGAAUCACGAAAACCAAUUGUCCAAGAUGCAUAGAAAUAAUUUAAAGCCACAAGAUCAACUAAAAUACAGUUACUUGAAAAGUGCAUCAAACCAGAGUAGUGAAAUAGACUGUAAAAGAAAUUUCCAUUCAAAAAAUAAAAUAAAAAUGGAAAACAACCAGAAAAUCUGCAAAAACAAAUUAAGUUGACAAUUGUGUUCACACAUCAUGGAUUACGCUCUGUUAAAUAAGCUACAUUUUGGCUGGAUUCAGAUAAUACAUCAAAGCUACCAUAAGUACAAAGAAACAAAUCUUUAUGAUAUUAACAGCAGACAUAUUGUAUAUGUAGAUACAAAAAACACAGGCUUGCCCCCAAAGUUGAUUGGAUUAUGGCAACAGAUCAAGGAGCAAAAAAAAAAAAAAGUU